AUGUCAGACUUUAACACCAACUACGCCCAGUCUGUCAACUACGAGGGCACCGAUGACGAAAUUCCUGAGGCUGGCAGCUCAUCGAAGGCAAGGUUACAAAAUGAACGGCAAUGGCGGGAGAACGAGAAGGGUAACAGAAGAGCUAGAAAUAAACGAGCCCAGGACCAAGCAGAUGAAGAUAAGAAGCAAAUGGUCGAGGAGAUCAAUAGGCGCACGGGAGGAGCCUGGACAGUCAAUCGCAAGACGACUGUUGUGGCACUGCGCAACCAGAUAGCCUGGCUGGAUGAUGCGGAUAGAAGAGCUGAGCAACAGGCAACGAAUAUGGCCACCAGUCCCUCGGACGCUGAGGAACAGGCCACUUACAGCCUCCCGCCAUCCGAGUCGUGGAUGGACAAGUGGAAUUCUUAUCCCCCUGAAUGGUUUACCAACAACACAAACCAAGAUUGCGAAACCUAUCCUUCAGAUGAUGAUGAUAGACUGUAA